UCUCGAGCUAUGUAAUUCUUCUCGUAAGAAAGAGAUCAUCUUAUUGACAGAUUUAACAGAUUAUAUUGUGCCAUUGAUGCAGUUAUUUGCAUCUCGUGAUGGCGUUCUUCGAUGCUAUCGAAAUUUUGCCUAGUGACAGCGCUAAAGCGUAGUGAACAGCAAUGUGUAAACUGCAAGAAAAUCAAUGUUUGUGACAAUUUGUAACUGUUAGUAAGUGUUAUCAAUGGCUCAGUUUGCACUGAUCGUUAGAUAUGGGAAAAGAUCCAUCAUGGAGUUUACAGAAAACAACGUAAAGCAAGCUGAUGGAAUGCACUGCGAAGAUGUGAACGAUACUUCCGGCAAUAACAACGAGUGUGCACAAAUAACGUAUCUCUCCAAAAUGAGCGCAGUGGACAUCGAGUUUAAUAAUUUGAAGUAUUCGGUGCCAAUUGCUCGAAAAGGCUCACAGGUAAUUCUGAGAGAAAUCAGUGGGCAAUUCAAAUCGGGCGAGUUGACGGCGAUUAUGGGCCCUUCCGGUGCUGGAAAGUCAACACUACUAAAUAUUUUAGCGGGAUUCAAUUAUAUAGAUAGUAAUAUAAAUGGCUCGAUUAAUAUUAAUGGACAACCACGAAACAUGCAGCAGUUCAAAAAGAUGUCAUGCUACAUUAUGCAAGAGAUUCUCGUACAGCCGAAACUUACGGUUUACGAAGCGAUGUCUUUCGUCGUGGAUUUAAAACUCGGCAGAAAAAAAUCGCGAUCUGAGAAACACAUCAUUAUAGACGAAAUUCUGAGUACACUUAGAUUAUCUAAAGCGCGCGACACGAUUACGGAUAAACUCUCCGGUGGCGAAAAAAAGAGGCUGAUAAUUGCGCUUGAACUCGUGGAUAACCCGCCAGUUAUUUUUCUCGAUGAGCCGACUACCGGAUUGGAUGAAUUAUCUUCCACUCAAUGCAUUGAUCUUCUCCAAAGAUUGGCGCACUUUGGACGAACUAUCGUGUGCUCGAUACACACUCCCAGCGCAAAAAUAUUUAAGAAAUUCGAUCACGUCUACGUCAUAGCUGCGGGACAAUGCGUUUACAGGGGUACUUCGAGCAACGUGGUGCCAUUCUUACGAAAUAUAGGCCUGGAAUGCCCGAAACAUUACAAUCCUGCAGACUUCUUAAUAGAAAUAUCAUCGGGCGAUUACGGUUGCGAUUUAAUCGAACAAAUAAUUGCGUGCAUAGACACGAAGUUACCUAUUCUUCCGAUUUCUCACUCGAAAUAUGAGUUCGAUGAUCUCGACAAAAAGAAUCUGAAGGUUUUAUGGAUUGAUCAGUUUGGCACACUAUUGAAAAGGAUGAUAGUACAACUUUAUCGAAAUAGGAAUUACGUGUACUUGAAACUAUGGCUACAUAUUUUCUUAGGGAUUGUAAUAGGUUCACUUUUUAUGAACAUUGGUAACGAUGGCUCCAGAAGUCUCUUCAAUUUUGGCUUUUGUUUCGCAUGUCUGAUGGUGUUCCUCUUUAUACCCAUGCUGCCAAUACUAUUGAGUUUUCCUUCAGAUAUCGCAAUAAUGAAACGAGAACAUUUUAACAGAUGGUACAAACUUAGCGCUUAUUACUGGGCCCUAACAAUAUAUAGUAUGCCUCAACAGGUACUAUUCGGGUUUAUAUAUCUAUUGAUAGUUUAUUUCGUCACGGGACAACCUCUGGAGUGGCAUAGAUCCUUCAAGUUCUUCACCACUUGCUUUAUUUGUGCGUUCAUCUCGGAAAGUAUAGGAUACAUUAUCGCUAGUAUUUUCAGUACCGUGAAUAGUGUAUUUACCGGACCUGCAUUAUCUUGUCCGCUUAUACUAUUUGCGGUACAAAAUUUUGGUAUUAACGAUCCGCAACCAUUAUAUCGAAUAAUAUUGAUGUAUGCCAGUUAUAUUCGAUACGGAUUGGAGGCUCUUAUAGUGGCUACGUACGGUUACGGUAGAAAAAAAUUACCUUGCCCGGUGGAAGAAGUGUACUGUCAUUAUGGUGCGCCUAAGGAAAUCUUUAGAUUAAUAGGUAUGGAGAAUUCUCCCAACUUUUGGCUGGAUCUUUUCGCUCUUUCAGUCAUCUUAUUUAUUUCAAAGGGAAUCCUAUAUUAUUUAUUGUGGCAAAGAGUGCGACCGAACAAAACCUUCCAAAGGAUUAAGAUUGUGAACAAGUUGAUCCAGAGUUAUUUCAGCACGUGACUGACAAUAUUUGUACACUCUUUAUUUCUGAUUAUGUCAUAAUGGAUUUCAAUAUAUUCGAGUAUGAAUAAACAAAAUAUAUUUAAUGUA